GCACUUCCGGUCCCAUGGCAGUGACUUCCGGUGGAUCGAGCUCGGGGUCCUUUAUGCCAAUGCCUCCUCAGGCUCCCAACGCGAUACACCACGUGGGCGUCUCGUACAACUUACUGAAAGGCAAUCCUGAUGGGGAGUAUUGGUCCACGGGCGGAGAGGACCCCGGUGUUGACCUUACCAGGAAAAUCUUCACAAUAAGCAGCGGGAAUCAGCCUCCUGAAGUGAUCAUGGAACACCAUGAUGGCUGCCAGAACUCUCAUGGCUUUAAUCUGUUCUAUAGCCCGGAGUCGUACCAAGAAAAACUCUUCAUAAAUGUGCAAACUUCCGGUGCUAGCGACGCUGCCCUCAAACCAUAUGCCUUUUCUGUGAGCUCAGGCUACCAGGCUGUCUUACAACAAACAUCAAAACACCACUACAUAUUCCAGGAUGCAACCUCCUACUGUAAAAUAGGACACGUCAGAUACUCUAUGAACCUGGCGUCCGUUGACAAGUACCCGGUGACUCGAGAGUUUGCGAGCGAUGUCUGCAGCCUGCCCACCACCUACAACCACGACACGUAUAUGCAGUUCAUCGAAACCUGGGGAACGCACAUUAUGACGGAAGUGACCAUCGGCAAGGCCAGUACAAACCGCUACAUGGCCCAUCUCCGGGACAUCUUUGAUUUCGUCGUGUUCAAUGUGUCUGACGAUCUCAGCAUGGGAGGUCCUCAAGACGGUUUCCAGACCUCCUACGUCAUCGAUAUCGACUCCUUCAAGUUCCGCCACGAGUACAAGUACAUUGUGGGCGUUUUCGAGGACCAAUUGAAUAUCGGUGACAUGUAUUACAAUGACGUCAUCGCUAAGACACUGAUGACGAUUGAUUCAGCGCUGGAUGCCAAAUAUUGGCAGUAUCUGCAGUAUUACACCGGUCAACACCUGUGCCCAAUGGACGCUGGCAGCAAACUAAUUACCUGGAAAACAAAUAUUGCUCGAGCUCUCUCCGAGUAUCCAACAUUCAAAAAUGCUGUACAACCAGCCAAGCAGGCACUGUCCAUGCCCGCCACGUGGCCCCUAGGAGCAUACUCCAUGCCCAAACCCACUUCCGGGUGCCCGACCAGCUUUGUUGAGGGAGCCUUGACUCUACCCCAAGCCUCUCACAGCGGCGCUGUGCCUUCUGGAUUAAAUAUGGACGGAACAUUCACACAGGCAUCCUACACGCUAAAGUACUGUACGAAGGAGGAUCCAAGUCCGAGUAGUUACGACAUCUACUGGCCGAGGGGAGACUACUGCAUUCAACAGUAUGACAACAGGUGCCCGUACGCCUUUAGACAGGGAAAGAUCAUGCUGAAGUUGCCUAGCGCGUCUUCAAAAACUGGAACCUUGCCGACAGGGACAUAUGGACAGGUCUCAACCGAACUACAGUUUUGCUGCAGAAAUGAUACAGUGUAUACCCAUAAAGCCUUUAUGCCAACAGACAAGCCGUUCUACCUUUUCCGUAACCAGCACGGUUGCCAACAAAUAAACGGGAUGACGUCAACGGAGGAGAUGGUGACAUUCUAUAAUGACGUCACGGCUGUUGGGAGUGACAGUCAGACCUAUUUGUCCGGAAGUUACCCGUAUGUGGAAACUUCCGGCCAAAUGGGUAGUAAAGGUGCCGCUUCGUACACUUUGCAUUAUUGUUAUUACACACAAAUUACCAAAUAA